AUGGCUCGACGAUCGUCUGGGCCUGCCGCGUCUCCCCAAGCGCUUGUGGCGUCAAAGCGACGCGCUUCAGCCAGACUGUCAGCCUCCGAACCGGAGGUCAAACGGGUCAAGUCCAACGCCGAUCUGAGCCAAGUGAAGUCCACCACCAGCAAGAGCAAGUACUUCGAAUCGGAAGAUUCCGAGCCUGAGUCGGAGUCUGAUGAGUCUGUGGGAGCAUCAUCCGAGUCCGCCUACGAAGAAGCGAAAGACGAGUCGUCCUCAGCCGAGGAAGCGGAGCUGGAAGAACCCUCCGACAGCGAAGAGGACACCAAAAAGAAAACCAGCGCACGAGGCAAGCAGCGACAGAGUACCGGGGGUGGAACCGAUGCCCUGAGGGGCAAAGAGCUCUGGCGCGAAGGCGCCAAGUUGGACUUGAAACCUGGGCAGGAAGUCAUCAUCGCGAAGCCUAAGGCGCGGGAGGCGGGGAAGACCCCGUACCAGGAUGAGACGCUGCACCCCAACACCAGGCUAUUUUUGAUCGAUCUGGCUGAUAACAAUGACCGCCAAUGGCUGAAAGCGCACGAUCCGGAUUACCGCGCGGCAAAGAAGGACUUUGAGACGUUCGUCGACACCCUCACGCCGAAGAUUGCAAGUGUCGAUGCUACUGUCCCCGAACUUCCUGUCAAGGACCUGGUGUUUCGCAUACAUAGGGACGUUCGAUUCAGCAAGAACCCGCUUCCAUAUAAGACACAUUUCUCUGCGGCUUGGUCCCGGACUGGUAAGAAGGGACCGUACGCGGCGUACUAUGUCCACUUCCAACCUGGCUCUUGUUUUGUUGGCUGCGGGCUCUGGAACCCAGAGGCGGAGCCCCUUGCAUUACUCCGAGAGGAGAUCGAUGAGAACUCAGCCGGCUUGAAGGAAGUCCUUCGGGCACCGAAGAUGCGCCGCGAGUUUCUGAAAGGAGCUUCCGACGAUGAUGAUGCAGUUGUGGAUGCCUUCACGCAUCACAACAGGGAGUCUGCUUUAAAGACCAAGCCCAAGGGUUACGAGGCCGACAAUCAGAACAUCAAAUUGCUUCGUCUACGCAGCUUCACUAUAGGAAAGCCUGUUUCUGAUGAAGAGCUUACUGGUGAUGAUGCCCAGGAGAACAUCACAGCCUUAAUUGAGAUCAUGGAGCCGUUUGUGAGUAUUGAUUUCCCGGAUUCCCCCCUCUUGACUAGCCCUGUUUUCCCUUCGAAGCUAGCCUCUUUGGCGGUGUUAGCCGUCCUUUUUACCCACCGAAUCAGCGCUUGGAGACGCCUAGCCGGUACUCUCUUUUUAUUUGUGGCUUUGACAGGAGCAUGGGCAAGGGACAAACAUGAAGAUCUUCUUGAUUUGCUUGCCUUACUUGCCUCACUUGCAUUGCUGACUGCUGACCGCUUCUCGUCUCUUGGAUAG